AUGGCUUCCUCCCUCUGCGUGAAGCAGUCUGCUGCCCUGGCCUUCAGCUCUGCUCUCAAGAAUGCCUCCUCAAGCAGUGCAGAGAGGAGCGUUGCGUGCACGCCUCGCAGCUUGGCGGCUCGAGGACCUUCCGUACAGCCAUUGAAAAACAAGGCAACAUCAUCCGAGGGGUUCAAGGCGUCUGGCGUCCCGGCCAGCUCUAGCUUUUUGACUGGUUCCACCAGCUUCGAUCCCCAGGCAGAGGCGAGACCCUCCCCCCAGGCUCAAAGCAACGCCCCUGGUCUCACAGUCCAUGCUGCAUUCCAGAGCAAGCAGCUUGCAAACAGGAAAUUGAGGGUGGCGGUUGUUGGUGGUGGGCCUGCCGGAGGGUGCACUGCUGAUACUUUGGCUAGCGGGGGCAUCGAAACGUUCCUGUUUGAGCGGAAGCUUGACAAUGCCAAGCCCUGCGGUGGCGCUAUCCCGCUGUGCAUGGUGGACGAGUUUCAGCUGCCCCCAGAGAUCAUUGACAGGCGCGUGACCAAGAUGAAAAUGAUUUCGCCCUCCAAUGUGGAGGUCGACGUCGGCAGGACGCUUGGCAAGGAGGAGUACAUUGGCAUGUGCAGGCGUGAGGUGUUGGACGGUUUCCUGCGGGACCGCGCCAAGGCGAACGGCGCAAAUGUCAUCAACGGGCUGGUGCUCAGGAUAGAUGUUCCUAAGGACGACGAGAGUCCCUAUGUCCUCCACUACACAGAUUAUGCAGAGGACUCCAAGAUUGGAAAGGCCAGCACUGUGGAGGUCGAUGUGGUGGUAGGCGCUGACGGUGCCAACAGUAGGGUUGCCAAGGCGAUUGACGCAGGGGAGUAUGAUUACGCCAUCGCUUUCCAGGAGAGGAUCAAGAUCCCCGAGGACAAGAUGGUCUACUACGAGAAUCUGGCUGAGAUGUACGUUGGUGAUGACGUGUCCCCCGACUUCUACGGCUGGGUGUUCCCAAAGUGCGACCACGUGGCCGUGGGCACAGGCACCGUCAUCAACAAGCCCGCCAUCAAGAAGUACCAGACUGCCAUUAGGAACAGAGCCAAGGACAAGAUUGCAGGAGGAAAGAUUCUGCGAGUUGAGGCCCACCCCAUUCCUGAGCACCCUAGGCCGAGACGUGCUCAGGGCCGUGUUGCGCUGGUGGGAGAUGCUGCAGGUUAUGUCACGAAGUGCUCAGGUGAGGGCAUCUACUUUGCUGCCAAGUCCGGAAGGAUGUGCGCGGAGGCGAUUGUGGCGGCCUCCGAGAAUGGCGCCAAGAUGGUGACGGAGGGCGACCUGCGGGUGUACCUGGAGAAGUGGGACAAGCAGUACUGGGCCACCUACAAGGUCCUCGACAUCUUGCAGAAGGUCUUCUACAGGUCGAACCCAGCUAGGGAGGCCUUUGUAGAGAUGUGCGCCGACACGUACGUCCAAAAGAUGACCUUCGACAGCUACCUGUACAAGACGGUCGUCCCCGGAAACCCCCUCGAUGAUAUCAAGUUGGCAAUCAACACCAUCGGAAGCCUAGUCCGGGCCAAUGCCCUCCGGCAGGCGGGCAAGGCUCUCGCCGCCUGA